GGUCAACCUGCAUGUACGUGUCCCUUCAUAUCCCGCUUUAUUCCGCGUCUGUAACGGAGUGAUAUGAAAGCUGUUUGACGAGUCCUCAAUCUUACCGAACCGUUAAAUCUCACGUUCGGAGUCAUGGAAGACGUUUUUCAAAACGGUAAUUAUUGUAACGAGGCGAAUGCAAAUAUGAGCACUUCGGAGGCAUCAAAAGAGGAUUCCCUAUUGGAUCAUAUGGAAAUUUCAAUAAUAGAAGCUGAAAAGCGACCUAAUGGACCAUUAAAUUUAAGAGAAUUCUAUACUGUGUACCUUGUUGAAACCAAAGUUACAGAUUCUAAUUUCAAGGGUGCUCUAAGUACUACAAGUUCUUUAUGGAGACGUUAUACUGAUUUUGAAUUAUUAAGAACAUACUUAGACAUUGCAUAUCCAUAUAUUGUUUUACCACCAUUGCCAGAGAAAAGGGUAUUAUACGCAUGGCAGAAAGUUACAACAGAUACUUUUGAUCCAGAUUUUGUAGACCGACGAAGAGCAGGAUUAGAGAAUUUCUUACUAAGAGUAGCAUCUCAUCCUGUACUUUCUCAAAAUGAACACUUUAUGGGAUUUUUACAACAAAGGGAGGGUUGGAGGGAACAUAUUCAAGAGAUAAGUUAUUUACGUUUAGCAGAGUCCAAGUUAAAAGCUCUCAGUGUAGCUGUUCGUUUAAGAAAACCAGAUAAACGAUUUGAAACAUUAAAGAAUUAUGGAAUUGAACUUCAGAACAAUCUCUGCAAUCUUCUUAGAGUACGAGCUCGCCUUGUGGAAAAGCAAUAUAGUUUAUAUAAAUUACAUGCUAAUUAUGGCCGUGUGUUUAGUGAAUGGAGUGCUAUAGAGAAAGAAAUGGGAGAUGGUUUACAGAAAUCAGGCCAUUACUUGGAUUCAUUAGCAGCUACAAUUGAUACCACACUUGAAGAAGAAGAACUUAUAGCGGAUCAAUUGAAGGAAUGGCUCUUUGGAGCUUCAGCUUUGCAAGCUGUAGUUAGACGAAGAGAAGCUUUACAGGUAGCUAGAGAUGAAGCUCAGGAUGCACUGAUAGCUGCGUGCGAGCAAAAAGAUAGAGUGAUACAAGGAAAAGCAGGAUUAAUGUCCAGACUUUUUGGAUCAGUCGAUACCGAAGAAGUACGAGAGUUAAAAAUUCUUCGAUUGGAGCAUAGAAUUACACAACAGAAUGAGAUCGUGAAACAAGUCGAUGAGGAUUUGAAAUCCUUUUCCAAUAAGGCUAUGGUUGAUAUAGAAAGAUUUCAACAUCAAAAGGUCAUCGAUUUAAGAGAAACGUUGGCAGCUUAUUGUGUUCUACAAUUUAAACUAGCUAGAAAGAGUCUCCAAACUUGGCAGCAUAUUAAGGAAUGUCUGGAAAGUAUACCGUAAGUAAAAAUAAUUUCAAGGUGCGAUUUCUAAUCGAUGU